AGCAGCUGACACAGGAUGAUGAUGCCGACGAGGUCGAGGUUGCCAUUGACAACACGGCUUUCAUGGAUGAGUUCUUUUCUGAGAUCGAGGAGACUCGGCUCAACAUAGACAAGAUCUCAGAGCACGUGGAGGAGGCUAAGAAACUCUACAGUAUCAUCCUGUCCGCACCGAUUCCUGAGCCAAAAACCAAGGACGACUUAGAGCAGCUCACGACCGAGAUCAAGAAAAGAGCCAACAACGUCCGGAACAAACUGAAGAGUAUGGAGAGGCACAUUGAAGAAGAUGACGUGCGGUCGUCGGCAGACCUUCGGAUUCGGAAAUCCCAGCACUCCGUCCUGUCCCGGAAGUUUGUGGAGGUGAUGACCAAAUACAACGAGGCUCAGGUGGACUUCCGUGAACGCAGCAAAGGGCGAAUCCAGCGGCAGCUUGAAAUCACCGGCAAAAAGACCACAGAUGAGGAGUUGGAGGAGAUGUUGGAGAGUGGGAACCCCGCCAUCUUCACUUCUGGGAUCAUCGACUCUCAGAUUUCGAAGCAAGCCCUCAGCGAGAUCGAGGGGCGGCACAAGGACAUCGUGAGGCUGGAGAGCAGCAUCAAGGAGCUGCAUGACAUGUUCGUGGACAUCGCCAUGCUGGUGGAGAAUCAGGGAGAGAUGCUAGAUAACAUAGAGCUGAAUGUCAUGCACACAGUGGACCAUGUGGAGAAGGCACGGGAAGAAACUAAAAGAGCCGUGAAGUACCAGGGUCAGGCCCGGAAGAAAUUGAUAAUUAUCAUUGUGCUAGUAGUUGUGUUGCUGGGCAUUUUAGCGUUGAUUAUUGGACUUUCCGUUGGGCUGAAAUAACAGUGGCCUGAGUGGCUGCUGCACUGAAAUGUUUGUGACCGAGUCUGAAUGUUGCUCUCCACCAUCAUCCUGUGCACUGAUCAGCUCCUCCUUCCCCUGCCUCUCUUAGAACCCGAUUUCACUCCAGCCUGGUGUGGCCACCCUUGUCUUCAGACGGGAAUGGAGUUUGAAUGGCCUUCCUGAGAGAGUGGGACCUGUCCCCUUGUCUCCUUGUAACCUUCCUUGGACCUG